AUGUCUGACAAAGCGGAAGGUAACGAUCCUUAUGCGGUGCCAGAAGACUACAAGCCAUAUGUCCCGGUAGCGAAGCGAAGAGCGCAGCUAUUGUCGCGCCUUGGAAGUCGCAACCAGCCGAAGAAGCUCAAGACUCUUCAGGACGAUGGGCCCGACGAGGAGGAGACCAGGAAGCAGAUUGAGGAUGCUCUGGAACGGGAAAGAGAGAAGACUCGCAGAGAAAGGACACUGCUGGAGGAGGCACAAGAAGUAAAGCGGCAGAAGGAGCUCGAAGAUGCGAAUAAGACCAAAGCGCAGAAGGAGGCUGAGGAGGAGGCCGCUCUGUUGGCUCAGAUGGAGCGGGCUCAGAAGAAACUUGCCAGUGCACAGGAGCUCGCGAAAGGCACUGUCUACACCGAGAGCAUGAAGUCGACCUGGCGGCCACCGCACUACAUUCGGAGUCUUUCCGCAGAAGAGCAGCAGGCAGUUCGUGACAAGUACUCCAUCAUUGUUGAGGGGAAUGAUCCGCCCCCGACUAUCGAGAAUUUUGCCGACAUGAAGAUACCCCAACCUAUUCUUGAGUACCUCGACAACAAAGGCAUCAAGCGGCCGUCCCUCAUCCAGAUGCAGGGCAUCCCGGCAGCCUUCGCUGGAAGAGACAUGAUAGGCAUUGCCUUCACCGGCUCGGGCAAAACCCUCACUUUCACUCUGCCGGCUGUGAUGCAGGCUCUGGAGAUGGAGUCAAAGCUACCGUUUGUCAAGGGCGAGGGACCGGCGGGACUGAUCAUCUGCCCGUCGCGCGAGCUUGCCCGGCAAACGUUUGAUGGCUGCGUGGCGAUGUGCAAGGCGCUCUCCGACAGUGGCAAGUACCCCGAACUGCGAUCGUUGCUCUGUAUCGGCGGCAUCAGUAUGGCAGACCAAGCCGAUGUUCUCAACAAAGGUGUUCACAUCGUGGUGGCAACCCCUGGACGGCUGAUCGACAUGCUGGAGAAGAAUCGUCUUAACUGCGACAAUUGCAAGUACCUGUGCAUGGACGAGGCCGACCGCAUGAUCGACAUGGGCUUCGAAGACAGCGUUCGUAGCAUUAUGAGCCACUUCAAAUACCAGCGACAGACGCUUCUGUUCUCGGCUACGAUGCCUCGGAAGAUCCAAGACUUUGCGCAUCAGUCUCUGAUCAAUCCCGUCCUCGUGAACGUGGGUCGUGCUGGUGCGGCAAACAUGGAUGUCGUCCAAGAGGUCGAGUAUGUCAAGCCGGAAGCCAAGAUGGUUUAUCUUCUGGAGUGCCUGCAGAAGACACCACCACCCGUCAUCAUCUUCAGUGAUAACAAAAACGAGGUUGACGAGGCUGUCGCUAUUCACGGCAGCAAGAAUGAGCGAGAGUAUGCGAUCAAGUCCUUCAAGACCGGUCAGAAGGAUGUCAUGGUUGCGUCAGGUGUCGCCUCCAAGGGACUCGACUUCAACGAGAUCCAGCACGUAAUUGUCUACACGAUGCCGAAAGAGAUAGAGGACUACGUUCACGAAAUUGGACGCACCGGACGGUCAGGGAAGACAGGCAUUGCGACGACGUUCAUUAAUCACAACACAUCCGACCAGACGCUCUUGGAUCUGAAGUAUUUGCUUAUGGAAGCGAAGCAGAAGAUCCCGGAGUUCCUGCUCUCGAUCGAGGACCCCCGAGCGGGUGAGGGCGGGCUUCUGAAGGGUUGCGCGAUCUGUGGCGGCCUCGGCCACGGCAUCGCAGACUGUCCCAAGCUUGAAGAAGAGAUGAGGAGGAAGCAGGGAGCGAACGCACAGUACAGCGGAGGGGGCUACUAG